AUGCAAGAAACAAAAAAUUCGAAUGAAUGGAUUAAUUGGAUCGAAUCCGCUAUCGCCAAAGAAUAUUUCAAAUAUUAUGAAUAUAGAAAUUUUAGUAAUAUACAAGAAAUAGGCUCUGGAAAUUUGGGAAAAGUAUUCCGUGCAAAUUGUACAGAUUUUAAAGAAUACAUAGUAUUGAAAUCUUUUUAUAACCUUAACAAUGUUAUUACAAAGGAAAUCGUUCGUGAGCUUAAACUUCAACGAGACGUAGUUAUUCAUAAUAAUAUUCUUCGUUUAUAUGGAAUUACGAAGGACGAAUCAGAAAAUAAUUACUUAUUAGUGAUGGAGUAUGCUGAUAGCGGCACCCUUCAAGACUAUUUGAAGAAAAAUUUUAACAACCUCACUUGGAAUGAUAAGUAUAAUUUGGCGCAUCAGUUGGCUUACGCCGUAUUAUGUUUACAUAAUAGUGGAAUAGUUCAUCGUGAUUUGCACUCUCGUAAUAUAUUGGUUCAUCAAAACACGAUCAAGUUGGCGGAUUUUGGUUUAUCAAAAAGAAUCGAAGAAAUAACUAAAUCACAAUCAAAUUUAAACGGAAUAAUACCUUACGUUGAUCCACAAAGAUUUAGAAGAAGAAAUAGUAGUAGCCCAACACAAAUUUAUUCAUUUAAUAAAAAGAGUGACAUUUACAGCGUUGGCGUAUUAUUAUGGGAGAUUUCUAGUGGUCGUCCUCCUUUUCAUACUGAAAGUAAUCAAAAUGAUGAUGACAUGUCUGUAAAUAUUUCAAAAGGUCUUAGAGAGGCUGUUAUUCCUGGUACGCCCGAAGAUUACGUAAAAUUAUAUACAGAAUGUUGGGAUGAUCUGCCGGAUAAUCGUCCAACUAUGUAUCAAGUGUUCACCAAGUUAAAUGAGAUCAUUAUGAAAUCAGAUCAAUCCAAUCAAUCAAUUUAUUUUUUAAUAUGUAUUAUAAUAAUGUAUGAGUUAUUAUUAUGUAAAAAAAAAUUUCAAUGUCGCCUUUAA